GCGCUGUGGUAUCAUCAUACGUGUUUUAUUUUGAAAGAUUUGACCGGAAAAAUACUCAAACAGCCUAAUUCUCUAUAUACUUCUGAAAGAAACGAUUUAAUAACAAUUGUAUAUGUGCCUCUUGUCUUGAAAUUUUGAAUCCAUGACUGCGACAUUUUUUUAUCCAUCAAGGUGGAGAGCUGCAUCAGCUCGAGAUGUUUACAGUGAAAUCGUCUGGAUGAGACUACUUCCCUGUUCAAGAGGUGUGAAAACAGUUGAACCACUGUUGGUUUGGUGAAUUCCGGGUAAACUUUUGCUUUAGUUUGUCAGCCGUGAACGACCGAAGUUAUUUAGCAAAAUGAUACGAAUGGAUUACUUUAAAACGAUCUCACAAGUUUUGAAAGACGCUGUUCCUGCCAUCACCAGCGGGAUUUUCACAGUGGUAGUUUUAUCGUGUGUAUUGUUUGGCAUCCAGACAUACUUCAACCUGACUCCGUCGCUCUGCAGCAUCGGUGCCACAGUUUUUCAAAAUGGACACAUCCACAGGCUUUUUAUAUACCCGUUUUAUCACAGGACAUUUGCUCAGCUUCUCCUGAGCAUCGCAGCCCUGGUGUUUCUCAGUGGCAGCUUGGAGAAGGGUGUCGGCACGGUUCGUUUCCUGUCCCUGUUCCUUUUAAUGUCCACCAUCACGGGCUUCUUCUACAGCUUCCUGGAGCUUCUGCAGGAGGACGACAGCCGCAGUCACACCGAGGGGUUGGUCCCUGUGGCCCUGGCCUGUGUGGCCCUGACUACCAUGCACACAAAGAUGACUAAAGGAUUCCUGUGUGGGGUCAGUUUCCCCACCAUGGCACUCCCUUGGGUGUUUCUCAUUAUCACCACUGCCCUCAUUCCUCACUGCGUGCUCCCCUGUAAUGUCAUCGCUAUCCUGAUUGGGUGGAUGUAUGGAAAAGGAUUUUUCUCUCUUCUGGACAUGUCUGAGGCCAGGGCUGGCGCUCUGGAGAAGAUGAUGCCCUUCAGGUUGUUGAAGAGCAUCAGCAGUGUUUCCUUUGUCACUGCUUCUGCAGAGGAGAGGAGGAAGACCCUGCUUCCACAAAUCAAUCCAACACCUGGGUCCUACCCGGUCCAGGCUUAUGCUCCAUUAUCCAGCGUUAAAACUGCUGAUACCGCAGCAAUGAUGUAUGAAGGCUGGCCAAACUCAACCAGCACUCUCUCUGGUCCCACACCACCUGUCCAUCCUCAUGGACAUGGGUUAGCACAAAGCUUUGGGCUGAGUCAUGCCCACAGCUGCAACCACAGCCACCAUGCUCAUAGUCAUGAUCACCUUUAGUUAUGCUCAUGUACUUGUUAGCUUUAUUACACACCAAAUAUCCAGAUAAGCCAUAUUCUAUUAAUAUUGCUUUUUGCCAUUUGCCAAAUACUUGGGUUAGAAACAAACUGACUACUGAUUUGCUUGUAUGCUUUUGUUUGUGGAGUCUCCACAUUCUUGAAUAAUCAAAUGGUAUUUCUCUGAAUGUUUAAAUGUUACGGGUGACUUUUGUACCUAAGUUUAAACUUUUACACAGCAUCUUUUGUGUUAUUUGUUAUUUCUUAAAAUAAAUAUGCAUAAAACACAUUGUUCCUAGACAGAAUCUGUAAUUAACAUGUGGAAAACUAACUGUUGCAGAAAGGUAGUCAUGUGCACUCCUGUCCUAUAUUUACACAUGGUACAAGACAAAAUGGUGAGUAUUCACAACUAAAGGAAAAGUAUAACAGUACCUGGGCACAAAACUGGCUGCAUCCUACUGAUGUCAUGGUCAAGUAAUCAUACAAAAAAUAUACACAAUACUUACAGUACAAUCAAAAA